UGACUGCCAUGAACUGAUGAACUGCACAUAAAUUUUUAGUAUAUUUUAUUACAUUAGAUUUACGUAUUAAAAAAAAAAGUUAUUUUUCAAAAAAAAUUAUUAACUAUUAACAAAGUCAAACGGUAAAAACAUUGAAUGAAGUUGAUGUGAAGUGAAAAAACGUGGUGGAUGAUGUGUUGAAUUUUAUAACAUCAAAUAAAAUUCUAUUGUUUUAAUAUUUAACAAGUUCAAACAUCUCUUGCAAUACAAUAAUGGCUGCUGAAACUGUUAAUGAAAUGGAUGUAGAAAUUGUGGAUCAAGAGAAUCCACAGGAUUUUACUUUUAUACCAAAAGAUAAUGUAGAAUUAGCUGAAUUAAAAAAGGAAAAUGGUAACCAAUUAUACAAAAUAAAACAAUAUCGUCAAGCAUUACCAUUAUACACAGAAGCAAUUGAAUUAUGUCCAGACAGUGCUGGCUAUUAUGGCAACCGUGCAGCAUGCUACAUGAUGUUAGGCCGUUACAAAGAUGCCUUCGAUGAUGCACGUAAAUCAAUACAAUUGGAUGAUCAAUAUUUAAAAGGUUACAUACGUGUUUUAAAAUGUAGUCUAGCACUAGGUGAUAUCGCAACCGCUGAACAAUCAAUCAACAAUAUUAAACAAUUAUCGAUGAAUGCAAACACAAACAAUGAUGAUACAAACAACACAGUCUUACAGAGCAUUGAUAAUGAGAUUAAAUCGUUAAAUAUCAUUAAGUUGUAUACGGAUGAAGCACAAAAAGCAUAUGAGAAAAGUGAUUAUCGUAAAGUUGUUUACUGUAUGGAUCGUCUCUUAGAACAAUGUCCAGCAUGUGUCAAGUAUAAGUUGAUGAAAGCUGAAUGUUUAGCAUAUUUAACACGAUAUCAGGAAGCACAAGAAAUUGCAAAUGAUAUCCUACAUAUUGAUAAAUCCAACGCAGAUGCUAUUUAUGUACGCGGUAUGUGUUUAUUCUAUGAGGAUAAUAUCGAUCGUGCAUUUAGUCAUUUUCAACACGUUUUACGUUUAGCACCAGAUCAUACAAAAGCUAUGAAUAUUUACAAACGUGCUAAAUUAUUAAAACAAAAGAAAGAUGAAGGUAAUGAAGCUUUUAAAAAGAAUAAAUUUGAUGAAGCUUAUGCUUUAUAUACGGAAGCGUUAAAAAUCGAUCAAUUUAAUGCUAUCACGAAUGCAAAAUUAUAUUUCAAUCGUGCAAUUGUGUUAUCAAAAUUAAAUAAAUUACCUGAAGCAAUUGCUGAUUGCAAUGAAGCUCUAAAAUUAGAUGAGAAUUAUUUGAAAGCGUUAUUACGCCGUGCUAAAUGUUAUAUGGAUAGCCAAGAUUAUGAAGCGGCUGUGCGCGAUUAUGAGAAAGCAUGUAAAUUAGAUAAAAGUCGUGAUAAUAAGCGAUUAUUACAAGAUGCUAAAUUAGCAUUGAAAAAGUCGAAACGUAAGGAUUAUUAUAAAAUAUUAGGUAUUGAUAAGAAUGCAACAGAGGAUGACAUUAAGAAAGCGUAUCGUAAACGUGCGUUAGUACAUCAUCCAGAUCGACAUGCGAAUGCAUCUGAACAUGAACGGAAAGAACAAGAACGUAAAUUUAAGGAAUUAGGUGAAGCAUAUGGAAUUCUAUCUGAUCCAAAGAAGAAAGCACGGUAUGAUAAUGGACAUGAUAUUGAUGACUUGGAAGGUGGCAUGCAUGCUGAUAUUGAUCCAAAUCAAGUGUUCCAAUCAUUCUUUGGUGGUGGUGUACCAGGACAUGCAACUGAAUUCAAUUUUUCAUCAGGUGGUUUCCCUGGUGCAUUUUCAUUCCAAUUUGGAUAAAUUAAUCAAGAUCAACAACAAUCAAAUAAAUAUGAUAACUACUUAUAUCUAUUAUAUUCAAUAGUUAUUUAAACAAUGAAACAUGACAUACCCCUGCCCCUGCCCUGCCAUGCCUACAUACAUACAACAUUUAAAAAUAAUAA